AUGUCGUCAGCUACUGCCUCCACAGCUCCUCCUCCAGUCGCGCAUACUCCAUCACGCCGGCAACCUUCCCACCAUACGCCAGAGAGACCCCACCGAGCCACCUCGUCCGCCUCGAAAACCCCCUCGUCAUCUACUGCGCAGACGAGAUCCGAUUCUCAGAGUUACGUCCCACCAACUUCGUCACAACAGAAUCAUCUGGCAGGGGUAGCACGAAGGGACUACGAAGCCACUAACGUAGCUCGGCCGACCUCGUCAACUCGUCGUAGCAUGGACCAAGAUCGUCCACAAACCUCUUCCACGCCUCGACGGACAGAGUCCACAAGAGAUUCUCGUCGGACUUCUUCGAGACCGCAUCACUCUCGCAAUGAAUCACGUAUGUCGGAAGCAACGACCGUGGUCAAUGAUCCACCACAGAAUUCAGGCGCUACCAGACAUCAUCCAGAGGGAAGUACGUCAGGCAGUAGUGCCCCUGCUAAAAAGAGAACCACGAUCAGUGCCCAAACAGGACAGUGGUCACUUGGGAAAACGAUUGGAGCAGGUAGCAUGGGCAAGGUCAAGCUAGCCAAGAACAUGGAGACAGGCGAACAGGCGGCCGUGAAAAUAGUCCCCCGACAGUCAACAGAUGAGCACCGCAGUGACAAAGAAAGAGAACGGGCAGAUCAUUCGAAGGAAGUUAGAACAGCAAGGGAGGCAGCUAUUGUGACAUUGUUGAAUCAUCCGUACAUAUGCGCAAUGAGGGAUGUGCAACGGACACAUUAUCAUUGGUACAUGCUCUUCGAGUACGUGAACGGUGGUCAAAUGCUCGACUACAUCAUCUCCCACGGGAAAUUGAAGGAGAAGCAAGCUAGAAAGUUUGGUCGGCAGAUAGCGAGUGCUCUGGACUUUUGUCACCGGAACAGUAUCGUGCAUAGGGACCUCAAGAUUGAAAAUAUUCUAAUCAGUAAAACUGGGGAUAUCAAGAUCAUCGACUUCGGACUCAGCAACCUCUUCUCCCCGCGAAGCUCUUUGAAAACUUUCUGCGGCAGCUUGUACUUCGCUGCCCCAGAGUUGUUGCAAGCUAGGCAGUAUACAGGACCGGAAGUCGAUAUUUGGAGCUUUGGCAUUGUGCUAUAUGUCCUAGUGUGUGGGAAAGUGCCAUUUGACGAUCAGAGUAUGCCUCAAUUACAUGCGAAGAUAAAGAAAGGUGUUGUAGACUACCCUAACUGGCUUUCGCCAGAAUGUAAAGGUCUUAUCUCCCGUAUGUUGGUCACGGAUCCUCGUCAAAGGGCUGGCCUGGGCGAGAUUAUGAACCACCCUUGGAUGAUCAAGGGCUUCAAUAGUCCACCAGAAAAUUAUCUGCCUCACCGUGAACCUUUGCAGCUUCCUUUAGAUCCACAAAUCGUUCAGAAAAUGACUGGCUUUGAUUUUGGGUCCUCUGAUUAUAUCACAAAUGAAUUGACGAAAGUCUUAAGCUCCGAGGAAUAUCAGAAUGCGGUCAAAAAUAAUGUUCGGGAGCAAGCACUGCAGUCAGCUGCUUCUGAGCAAAAGAAAGGAGUCUUCAAUUUCUACAAAAGACGGAACUCAACUACCAGCAGGGAGAUUCUCCCAAACCCUUCAUCAGAAGCGGUACAACUUGGCUCAGACCCAGUAAAUGCUUUCAGCCCACUUAUCUCAAUCUACUAUCUUGUAAGAGAAAAGCGAGAGAGAGAACGAGCCGAAACAAACCCGGGGGCUCUCAAUAUACCCACAUCACCAGGGCAAAAUCCACUGCAAAUUCCUGACCUGCCAGCUCCGGAGGCUGCUUAUACGAAUGUCUCAAGCUAUGAGAUGGCUGGCGAGAAACCUACGGGAGGUAGGGCGAGGGCCAGAUCUCGAACGCAAGGAGAAGAGGAUGUGACGGAGAAUUUGAAGAAGAUCAACCUAAAUGUUCCCUCUAGCCAACCUCCGACAAUUGUGACUCCGCCGUCGGAGCAGCAAUCUGCGAAGAAAGAAAGCACAGGAAUGGGCAUUCUUCGCAGAUUCAGUACGCGGCGCGGUAAAGAUUAUCAUAGACCAGAGCCUCAACACACCCCUUCAUUUCAAGUGCAACCACCUUCAGAUCCAUCGGCGGCACCUCGUAAAAGCUUCAGCGUACGACGAUCGCGAAAUCGAGAACGAGCUCCGGCACCCCUUCAUCCAGGAGGGAGUACCCCGCACCAGGCUGAACUAUUAAGUCCAGGGCCUGCACAAGAUAAUCAAUCACGAAAUGAAACUACCAUGAAUAGAUCUGCGAGUGUUAAUUCAGCAGACUACCGACAGCGGCAUGGGCGACGAGGCGUCUCGGAAGGGCAGCCCACAACAGCAAGCUUAGAGCCUCCUCUUACGAGCGGAUCAGAUAGGUCUAGCAUUAGUGGCGACUAUAAAUCGAAAUCAAGGCACGCAACUUCAUCUGACCAAAAGACGUCGUUACCAGCCCGAGCGGCUACCGCAAGAGCAAAAUCGCUCGGUCACGCAGCAAGGGAGAGCAUCCAAAUCCGGAGGACUCGAAGGGAAGAGACUCGGGAAGCUGACGUCCCAGAAGAAACUUACGCAGAUCUUGCCGCAAGUGCUGACAAUCCCAACAAAUCCCUAGAGAACAUCAAACCUGUCUAUCUGAAGGGCCUCUUCAGCGUCUCGACCACAAGCAACAAACCCCUUCCGGUCAUACGCAUGGACAUUGUUCGUGUGCUCAAUCAGCUUGGGGUUUCGUGGGCUGAAAUCAAAGGUGGCUUCUCAUGUCAACACGCACCAAGCAUUGACUUGAACAAAGCCACUACAGAACAUGCAAAUCCAAGCCCAGAGGCCUCCGGUUUCAACCGAAGGCGUAUCAGUUUCGUGAGCAAUCUCAAGAGUGGCAGCGAUCGUGCUACGGAAGAAUCCGACUCAAGGCCGAAGAGGAUGUCUACUCUUCGUAAGAGGCAGCCGAACCCGCCGGACGCAUCCUUCACUGCGUCUUCAGGGUCGGAAAGUGAUUUUCCUCGGACGUCACAGCGCUCUCCAAGAAGCCACGCGAGUCCUACGACUAAGCCGGCGGACAACACCUCCGCAAGCGAGUGGCAGAAGGUUCCUCCGGGUGAGACGACCACUCAGGUCCAAAACGACCUCGGCGAAAACAUGGUUCUCAGAUUUGAGAUAUUUAUUGUAAAGGUGCCAUUAUUCAGCUUGCACGGUAUUCAGUUCAAGAAGGUUCAAGGAGGAACAUGGCAGUAUAAAGAAAUGGCCAGCAAAAUCCUCGAUGCCCUCAAACUUUAA